AUGCUUAUGCGCCACACUUCCAUGUGUGUUCUGGCCUGCAAAUUUCAACGUCCCAUUCAACCACGAAUGAGUCCCUGCGCAGUACAGGGUGGCCAAUCACCAGUAAUCUCUCGCGUGGACAAACAUCCUGGAGAACAGCGCAAGGGGCAAGGCAGUCAAUUUGCACAGUGUGAAACAGCUAGAACUGUGAUUGCCUUCGCCUUGAGCUUUGCAAGAACCGAAGCAAACAAGAAACAACAGCUGACCCGGCAGCCGAUUUCCUGCGUGGAUCUUUCUACGACCAACACUGCCACAUCCACCGCCGCAGUAGUGAACUGGGUUGUUCCGGCCAGGAAGGCGGCAGCGGCUGUUAUGCCCUUCUUUGCCAUGCUUAUGCGCCACACUUCCAUAUUUGUUUUGGCCUGCGAGUUUCAAUCUCUGGCCGAUCACCAGUAA